AUGGACAUUCAUUUAGAGAGGGGAGAAGGUGGGUGGGGCUCAUUGGUGGAAAGGUUAUGGCUUUUUGGUUUUGUUGCGGAAAAGUUUCCAACCGGUAUGACAAUAAUUCAUGAAUCUUGUGAACUCGCAAGGCGAGGGAAAGAACAACCCACAUGGCGAGUGUUUUCUUUGAAGGAAUUACACUCUGCUACGAAUAAUUUUAACUAUGACAACAAGCUUGGAGAAGGAAGCUUUGGCAGUGUGUACUGGGGCCAACUUUGGGAUGGAUCGCAAAUUGCUGUGAAAAGAUUGAAAGUGUGGAGCAACAGAGCUGAGACGGAAUUUACAGUUGAACUUGAAAUCUUGGCAAGAAUACGACACAAGAAUCUUCUAAGUCUUCGUGGAUAUUGUGCUGAAGGACAGGAACGGUUGAUUGUUUAUGAAUAUAUGCAAAAUCUGAGCCUCCACUCUCAUCUUCAUGGACAUCACUCAUUCGAAUGCCCCCUCGAUUGGAAUCGGCGCAUGAAUAUCGCAAUUGGUUCUGCUGAAGGAAUUGUAUACCUUCACCACCAAGCAACACCACAUAUCAUCCACAGGGACAUUAAAGCAAGCAAUGUGUUGCUGGAUUCUGAUUUCCAGGCCAGAGUUGCUGAUUUCGGGUUUGCUAUGUUGAUCCCUGAUGGGACAACACAUGUGCCUACAAAAGGUAAGGGUACCCUUGGCUACCUUGCACCAGAAUAUGCUAUGAUGGGUAAACCAAAUGAGAGUUGUGAUGUCUACAGUUUCGGUGUUCUCCUUCUAGAACUCGCCAGUGGCAGAAGACCGACUGAAAAACUUAGUUCCACAGUGACACAAUCCAUAGUUGAUUGGGCAUUGCCAUUGGUUUGUGAGAAGAAAUUUAGUGAAAUUGCUGAUCCAAGACUAAAUGGUAUUUAUGUGGAGGGAGAGCUUAAAAGAGUUGUUUUAGUUGCACUUAUGUGUGUUCAGGAUCUACCUGAGAAGAGACCAACCAUGCUUGAUGUGGUAGAGCUACUCAAGGGAGAGUCUAAGGAUAAAUUUUCUCAUAUAGAGAACAGUGAAAUGUUCAGAAGCCCUCUAACUGAAGAAAUCAAUAAUGGAACAUCAGUGGUUGAAGACAGGUUAGACUAUAUCUCUGAAGAAAAAGAACUAGAACGUCCGUUGAAAGAGAAUGCUGAACUAUGA